AUGAACGCAAGAUACCACGACAAGUACACUCCCCCCUGCCCCCUCCCUGCCCAGUCCCACCACCGGUUUGGACGCCCGACGUCCCACCCCCCCCCCCUGAUGGCCAGUCCCCGAGACGCCUACAUUGGGCCCCCCCCCGUGUUUGUAUCCGCCUCCACGUCACUGGAACGCCCCUGUGACGCCCCUAUUCGGACAGCUAUGGAAUCGCAGGUACCAGCAAGUAACAGGCAGCAACCAAUUGUGACCGUUUGGCCCAUGCACUGCCCCCGCCCCCAACGACGAACAUGUUCCAGUCAUUGUGGCACUCAACACAAGUCAUGUGUCGGGGGGGGGGGCGGUGGGGGGCGGGUAGUGGGGGUGGGGGUGGGGUGGGGGGGGGGGGGGGGGGGGGUGGUUUGUGGGGGGGGGGGGGGGGGGCCCCCCCCCCACCCCCCCACCCCUCCACCCACCCACACCCCACCCCCCCACCCCCCCCCCCCACCCCACCCACCCACGGGGGGGGGGUGGGGGGGGGGGGGGGUGGGGGGGGGCGCGGGGGGGGGGGGUGGGGGGAGGGCCGGGGGGGGGACGCAGUUUGGAGCAGCAAGAGCCGAAAAUGGUGUUGACCUCACCCCCAAACCCGUUGGGAUCCCGGCCAAUGGGUCAAUGGAGAAUGUGGUAAAUGCAACCAUGGACCCUUCCAGUGACAGAUGA